AUGUUAAGAAUAUUUAUUUGUGUUACGUUAUUACUGUGUGUUAAAGCAGAUGAGAGUUUAUUUAGUUUGAAUAUACUUCACUACAACGAUUUCCAUGCCAGGUUCGUAGAAACCAGUCCUGCAGGAGGAGUCUGUAACCCUCAAAAUGACCCAUGCGUUGGAGGAUUUUCAAGACUUACAACACUGGUACGAGAAAGAAUAGCAGAGGAACCCAAUUCAUUACUCUUAAACGGCGGAGAUAGCUUCCAAGGAACGAUCUGGUUCAACAUUUUAGGAUGGAAUGUGACUCAAGAAUUUAUGAACUUAUUACCACAUGACGCUCAUGUACUAGGCAAUCAUGAAUUUGACAAAGGUAUCGAAGAAGCUGUUCUUUAUAUAAAGAAUUUAAAUUCAACUGUGGUUACUGCAAAUAUUAUUGACGAUGAAGAAGAGUCGAUACAGGGAUUGUACAAACCGAGUGUUGUUAUCGAAAGAGAAGGACGCAAAAUUGGUAUAAUUGGUGUCAUAAUUGCUAUUACUAAUGAAUUAGCAUCAACAGGACGACUAAAAUUCACAGAUGAAGUAGAAUCUGUGAAACGCGAAGCUCAGAAUCUUCAUGAUAAAGGAGUCGAUAUUAUUAUAGUAUUAUCACACAGUGGAAUAGAUACUGACAGAGAGAUAGCUGCAAAUGGUGGACCACAUAUAGACAUUAUAGUUGGAGGUCACAGUCAUACGUUCCUUUAUGAUGGCGAACCUCCGGAUUCAACUGUCUUGACCCCACAAGGACCAUAUCCUGUAGUUGUAGAUAACAACGGGAAAAAGGUCCCGAUAGUGCAAGCAGCGGCACAUCUUCUAUAUUUGGGUGAAAUUAAAUUGUACUUUGAUAAUGCUGGAAAUCUUGUAGAGUGGAAUGGUAAACCACAUUACAUCGGCAACGAAAUUGUACAAGCUGAAGAUGUUCUUGCAAAGAUUAACUAUUAUCUUCCUUUAAUUGAGGAGAAGGCUAAUGAAAAAGUUGGGUCCAGUCUGGUACACCUGUCUUCUGAUUGUGCAUGCAACGAGUGCAAUCUUGGAAACGUAAUUUGUGACGCAUUUUUGAACUCUGUAUUAGAGAAAGCCAAGGGCGACAACUGGCAUUAUGCACACUUUUGCAUCAUCAACCAAGGAGGCAUCAGGGUAGAUAUAGAAGCUGGAAACGUUACCUUCGAAUCUGUAAUUAUGUCAACACCUUUUGACAAUAACGUGGAAGUUUUUGAUAUGAGAGGUGAUCAUAUACUUGAAUUGUUGGAAUAUUCCGUUGCAAAUACACCGUUUCUCGGCGCUAGGAUGCUGCAAGUAUCAGGUCUUCAACCGCAGUUCGACGGCUCUCAACCAGUUAACAGUAGGGUUGUCAGCGUUGGUGUCAGAUGCAUCGAUUGUGACAUCCCUAAAUACGAGAGUUUGCAACCCGAUAAAUAUUACAAAGUCGUAUCGCAGAGUUUUAUCGGCAACGGAGGCGACGGAUUCACUAUGGUAUCAGACAACCGUAUUAACGUAGAAGUUGUGGGUUUGGACUACGAUAUCCUGGCGAAUUAUAUAUCCAGAACCUCGCCACUCUUCAGCGAGGUCGAUGGGAGAAUACAAAUUGAUAAUCCUUGUAUCGAGUAA